GCGGGGAAAAACAAAAAGUCAGUCUCGCGAUGAUCGAUUUUUGCGCUGAAGCGUGAGAACGUCUCGUGAAAAGUAUGUUUUUUCACUCCAAAUGUGGCCAAAAAGUGAUUUUGAGUGAGAACAACACACGUGCCACGCGCCGCAAGAGUGACUUCGAUCACGGACUGUGCCUGAGUGCUGAUCCGCUGGAGGACGACAGGCUCUUUGAGAUUCGCAUAGUUGAAAAGAUUCACGCGUGGAGUGGGAGUCUGGAGAUUGGCGUGACUGCCGUGCCGCCGGAUCACUUCGAGCAGCUGCCAGCGUGCGCGACGAAACUCCGCCAUGGCACUUGGCUCAUGUCCGGAAGCUCUGUGCUGAAGGAUUGCGCCACCAUCGUGGAAUUCUAUGGUAUUGACUUGGAAAGUCUCAAUGAAGACGACCGUGUUGGUGUUGUGAAGAGCUCCGCCGGGGAAUUAAUAUUCUAUGUGAAUGGGAUUUCGCAGGGUGUGGCCGCCACCGGACUGCCCAGGACACUGUAUGCCCUCGUGAAUCUCUACGGAAAGUGCGUGGAGGUGGUGAUCAGUACGCCCACGACGUGUGAGUGUCACCCCAGCAGUACACUCGUCACGCAGAACAUCGACAUUCCCAUGUCGGUGGACGUGUGCGUGAGUCCGCCGCCGGGAGCGGCCGCGGAUGCGCUGGACAUGAACGAUCGGCUGCGCUUCCACACGCGCUGCGGCAGCCUGGUGAAGCUGAGCUCCAACUCGCGAACGGCCGAGCGCCGCCGGCCGCUGGAUGAGUUCAAUAACGGCGUCGUGAUGACACACAGGCCGCUGAGGGACAACGAACUGUUCGAGAUCCGGAUCGACAAGCUCGUGGACAAGUGGUCGGGCUCAAUUGAGGUGGGCGUGACCACCCACAAUCCCUCGGCGCUACACUUCCCCGCCACGAUGACCAACAUGCGCUCGGGCACAAUCAUGAUGUCCGGCUGUGGCAUCCUCACGAACGGCAAGGGCACGCGUCGCGAGUACGGGGAGUUCAAUCUGGACGAGCUGCGCGAGGGCGAUCGCGUGGGGAUGAUGAGGAAGUCCAACGGGAAUCUGCACUACUUCAUCAACGGCCGAGAUCAGGGCUGCGCGGCCACGAAAGUGGCGCAGAUCCUCUGGGGCGUGAUCGAUCUGUACGGCAUGACCAUCAAGGUGACCAUUGUGGACAGGGAUGAGCGCGAGCAGCAGAAUCUCGUGACGCGACGCAACAAUCUGGCGUCGCAGAACACUAAUGCUGGCAGCACAGGCAAUGCCGCUGUCGAAGCGGUGUCCAACAUUGUCGAGACUCCAGCGACACUCAUUGAUCUCGAGGCUCUGCCUUCGGAUAGACUCACUUUUCAUCCCAUCUGCGGAUCUCACGCCACGGUGACGCAUAGCGGACGCACGGCUCUGCGUCCCAAUGCCUCAGAUGACUUCAACAACGGCGUGGUGCUGACCAGGAGGCCACUGAGGCCCAAUGAGCUGUUCCAGGUGCGCCUGGAGAGAGUUGUGAGCAAGUGGGCGGGAUCCAUUGAGAUGGGUGUGACCACGCACAGUCCCACAGAGCUGGAGUUCCCCUUCACGAUGACCAACGUGCGCUCGGGCACGUGGAUGAUGACUGGCAAUGGUGUGAUGCAGAAUGGCACGACUGUGAUUGAGCAAUAUGGCCAGAAUCUCGAUCGGCUGCAAGUGGGUGAUCGUGUGGGCGUUGUGCGGAAGGACGAUGGCGUGCUGCACUUCUACGUGAACAGCAUGGAUCAGGGUCCGGCGGCCACGGGUGUGCCGGAGAAGGUGUACGGCGUGAUUGAUCUGUACGGCCAGGCGGCGCAGGCCAGCAUUGUCGACACGUCAGAGUGCGGAAGUCCAGACACGGGGAACUCAACCAUCUCCAACACGACACUCUACAGCAGCGAGCCGAGGCUGAGAUUCCAUCAGGUGCACGGCAGGAAUGCCAGAAUCUCCAAUGGCGGAUUCACGGCGUGUCGACCGAAGGCACUGGCGGAGUUUAAUGGAUCGAUUGUGUUCAGCAAUCGUCCGCUGCGCCAGCGGGAGCUGUUCGAGGUGGUGCUGGAGAAUAUGAUUGAUCACUGGACGGGGAGCAUUGAGAUCGGUGUGACGGGCGCCAGGCCUGAUGAGGUGAGCCUGCCCAGCACUGCCACUGACCUGAGCCACGAUACUCUAAUGCUGUCGGGUAGUUCGCUGAUCUACAACAGUGUGAUUGUGCGCAAUGGACUGAUUCCCUUCGAUCUGGACACUCUGACAACGGGAGCGAGAAUUGGGGUGAUGAGAAAUGGGGAUUUCAUCCACUUUGUCAUCGAUGGAGUGGAUCAGGGAGCAGCGUAUGAGCUGAGAACGCCCAAUCUUUAUGCUGUCAUCGAUCUCUACGGUCAGUGCGCUCAGGUUAGCAUCACCACACCACAGCUGGACAUCCGGGCGCCGUAUGCCACCAGUGAGAACUCUCAGAGCCUCCAGGCGACGUCAGUGAUACAGCCGGCGCUGGAGGCGAAGCACCGCUGGUCGUGCAUCUCCGGGAACAUCUCGCUGUCGCAGAACUGGACGAUGGCCAACCGCUGUGUGAAUGCAGCGGCGGCUCUGUCCCACGGAUUGGCCUUCUCGGAGCAUCCUCUGGCCGUGGGUGAGCAGUUUGAGAUAAAGAUCACAGAGAUCAACCAAAUGUACGCCGGAUGCCUGAAAUUCGGCGUGACUGAUCUCAAUCUCACGGAUGAGCACGUGAGGAAGAACAUCCCGAGCACAAUCAAGAGAAUCCCUGCCAAUGUUUGGUACAUUUCGUGCAAUGAGGCGCGCUAUAAUGGAUCUCUGAUCAACAGAUCUCUGGCGUCGCUUGAGUGGCUGCGGGUGGGUGAUCGUCUGACACUGGAAGUCACUCCGGCGCGCACUCUGCACAUUCUGCUGAAUUCUGAGGACAUGAAUAUUAGCUUCCAGAGUCUUUCGCCGGAUGUCUACGCUGUGGUGGAGUUGAUCGGCUCCACUAUGGCUGUGCAGGUGAUUUCGAGGUGUCAGGGUGCCUCGUCGCCACUGCGGCCAUGCAGUUUGCGCCUCCAGGACUCGCUGGAGUUUGGUGUGGAUCCGCUGAACAAGCAAGACUCAAUGCUGGAGUCACUAGAUUCGGAUAUGCUGGCCUUUGAGUUCUCAGAUGUGCAUGGGAAGCAGGUGCAGCUGUCGGAGGACAGGAAGAGUGCCUGGCGUUGUCAGGGAUACAACAAUGGAGUGGUGUUCGUGUCCAAGCCGCUGUGCAAGGGACAGAGCAUCAGUAUCCGGAUCGAUGAGGUGAAUAGCAAGUGGAAGGGAACGAUUCUGGUGGGUGUUGUGGGCUUCUGUCCCACUGCCAGUCACGUUCAGGUGCCUGCCAGUGCCAUCAACAUGAAGAGGCCGUGUUGGGUGUUUGCCGAGGACUAUGUGAACAUCAAUGAGAAUCGAAUGCAGUGUCCCUACGCGGUAGCGCUGGAGGACAUCCAGAAGGGAAGUGUGAUAACGCUGCUGAAUCACGCCGGCAGUUUGACUGUGAUGGUGAAUUCUGUGACGCUGGACGAUUUGGUCACGGGAUUGCCUCAUCAUGUGUAUCCGGUGUUUGAUAUCUAUGGCAAGUGUGAGAAGAUCUCACUGGUCAGUGCGGAGGUGAUGAGGAAUGGGAGUCCGUUUAAUGAGGAGGUUUCACUGCAGAACACACUCGAGGCUGCCGGUCCGGAGUCUGAGUCGAAUGUGCCGCAGUGCGAGAAGGCAGAUCUGGAGGUGCAUGAGAAGGAGACAGAGACUUCCUUGCCAUCCAUCAGUGCUCCUGGACCGUCAUCAAUGACGAGAUCCGUGAUGGAGAGUGUUUCGGAGAAUCUGCUGAUGAAUAUCUCCAUUAAGAAUAGAUCCAUGGAGGCGCGCAAUGAUCUGUCGAACUCCUGCUGUCUGCGGGAAUCUCUUCAGCUGCAGCACUCGACGAAUCUCAAUAUUCAGCGCAGUCAGAGCACACAGAGAUUUCACAAUCAGGAGGAGCCGCGAGUGUACUUUGAGGCUCCAGAUGUGCCGGCGUCAGAGGUGAACAAUGACUCCAACUAUCUGGAGGUUGAAGUGGAGGAGAAUCGCACGGAGCAGUGUCUGGAGUCACCGGGCAGCUCUGCUGGGGCUGUUGGUGGGGGUGUUUCUGUGGAUCUGGAAGCGCUGGCCACCACUGAGGCGAGAGAGUGUGAGUAUCGUGAGUUGGUGAGUGACUUCAAGAAGACUCUGGUGCUGCCCGAUGCCUUCUUCAGCUACGAUCAUCCCACUUGCUACUGUCUGGAUUGUGUGCCCAGUGCGCAGGCGAGUCUGGUGCGAGGAUGGGUGAGAUUCAAGCUGAAUCAGGAGACGUGCAAUGCUGGAGGGAUGAUAACGGAGUGUACAGACUGGACGACAGCCUUCUAUCUCAGUCGCGUGAAUAGGAUUCGUCCGAUUCUGGACAGAGGACAUCUUCUGCCACUGGACGCCAAUGAAUCUUCCGUGGCUCAGUUGCAGAAGGAUGAUUCAGGACCUGGAAAGCAUCUAAUACUCAGCACAACGCCAAAUGUCGUUCCCAUUCUGCCCAAGCACACGUUCACUUUCGGGAACACACGCGUCACCACGUCGUUCGAGGUGAGGGUGAGGACGCAGAGUCUGUGUGGAUACAGGGAGGAGGAUGGUGAGGAGGGAGCCUCGACAGAUGAGGAGCUGUGGACAACCAAAGAAGCUGGAGCGUGCGUGAUUACGGCGCUUCUGCUCAAGAUGGAAACAGAGCCAUCCGGAUGCUAG